UAACGCGUCUCUUCCCCAAUCACCGCAACCCUCGACCUCAAACCCUUUGUUGACGUGCCGAUGCAAUCCUCGAUCGAUGUCUUCGCUCCACGCGCCUUUCUCUCUCGUUCCCGCGCUCUCCUCUCCUCGCCGCUUCCUCAAUGAAUUCCUGCUCUACGAUUCUUCUUUGGUAGACAAGUAUCCUUCCACUGCCAACUUCCGUCGAGGUAAGUCUGUUCAUCUCAAGGCACUAUUUUGCUUGCGAAGGAUGACCUUAAGGAGCGCGGUAGAGCCGAAAUUUCUCGACUUUAGGAGGCAUAGAGGAUUAUGCACACAGACCGAAGUAGAUUUGCUCAGUUCCGUCGUGGAAGUUGGUGGCAUGGAAGAAAAAGGCGGAAUUUGUGAUUUUGCUACGGAAGAAAGCGGAGUGAUUAAAUUCGAGAAGAAUGAUAAUCGUUUUGGUAUCGUCGGAGAAGAAUUUGAGCUCAUCGAAGAGGAAGCUUUCAGUAUGAUUGUGGAAGCUGGCGAUGACAAAGCGAAGGACAAAGAACAGGAUGCCAAUGUUAACUAUGCAAAAGAAGAAAGUCAAUUCUGCCUCAAAAAAGUUGGCAGCUUGGAUGCUGUAUGCCUGGUCAAGAUAUUUGUCAAGCUGCCUCUCGAAGAACGUGUGAAAAUUCUUGAUCUGUUCGAAUCUGAUGAAAGAAAUUUGACAAUUUCUGAUUACAAUGACAUUCUAAAAGCUCUGAUCAAAGCUGGUGAGUAUGAGCAUGCUGUUAACUUCUUCUCCAAACUUCCAUGUGAAGGGAUAGCACCAGACUUCGGGACCUAUUCGAUCAUGGUACAUUGCUUCUGCAAGAAGAAUGAACCCGACAAGGCAAUGCAAACUUUAGAAGACAUACUUGAAAGAGGGUAUCAUCCAAACCAUGGCACAUUCUCGUGUUUGAUCAAUUGUUUGAGCAAGAGGGGGAGAAUGAAAAAGGCCUUUAAAGUGUUCGAGAUAAUGCUCCAAACAGGUUAUGAACCAUCUAUCCGCGAGUACAAUAGUCUGAUCAGAGGUUUGUGCUAUGUUGGUAGGUUAGAGGAGGCAUUUGAACUCUUGAAGAAGAUCAAGAGUUCUUCCACACAACCUGGCAUAUACACAUACACGCUGCUCAUAGAUGGCUUUUGCAUGGUUGGAAGAUGUGAUGAUGCAAUGGAAUUGCUCAAGGAAGCAGAAGAGAUUGGUCUAAUGCCAGAUAUCGUCACUUAUAACAGUGUUCUCAAUGGAUAUUGCAAAGCAGGCAGGCCCUUGGAAGGGCAUCGUCUCUUGAAAAAAAUGCAAAGAGGAGAUUGCCAACCAGAUUUUAUUAGUUACACUAUCAUUUUACAGGGCAUGUUGCGACAGGGCGAGGUUUCUGCAGCUUGGAGAAUUUAUAAGGAAAUGAGGGAUGCUGGUUUUGUGGUGGACGAGCGUUGCAUGAACACACUCCUCAGAGGCAUUUGCAGGCAACCUGUGAUCGAUGACAAGGUGCUAAAAGAUGCUAAUGAACUGUUCGAGUUAAUAAAGGAAGUUGGUCAUGGUCUGUCACCUUACACAUAUUGCUUGAUGGUCCAAGCUCUUGCUAGAGGAGGAGAAGUUGAUAAAGCUUUGUUCCACCUACAUGAGAUAGCGAGGAAUGGUUAUUCUCCUAGAAUGAUGACAUUCAAUGUCAUUCUUCGCAUUCUAUGUGAACAAGGGAGAUGUGAUGAUGCCAUAAGUGUUUUGGUUCUUAUGAUUGAUGGAGAUAGAAUUCCCAGUAAAUUUUCAUUUAGCAUACUGCUCAGUGCGUUAUGUGGACUGGGGCGAGUUCUGGAGGCCUUUGGAGUUUAUGCAGCUGCGGUUAAAAGGAGUGUAGUUCCGCAUUGGAAACCACCUAAAGGUCUUAACAUGGAGAGAGUGUUUCAGUAAUCUCAACUUGAAAAACCUAACUGCAAUGCUCAGAACAUGGGCCAUUUGAUCGACCAUCCUUGAUGAUCCAUCGAUCCAUGAGGCCAAGCAAAGUGUUUUUUUUUCUUCCCUCCAGCCGGUGGAAGUUGAGUUGCUCCCUGUUGGAGCUAGAAUUUUGUUGGGAGGAGAAGAUCAAGAUGUGAUGAAAGGCAAAUGCCACUGUAAUUAGAACAGCUUGUUUAAGGCAAGAGGAGAACGAAGUUCAGUUUCAAAAGCUUCUCUGGUUCUUUUGUCUACAGAUAUCCACCACUAAUCUGUUUGCAAGUGUCAGCAAGUUAGAUUU